AUGAACAACCACCAUCUUCACUCUCCGGGUGGUCUACGAAUUGCGAACCCCGAUGAUGCGUCCCCGGGAACAUCUCCAGACUUCCCCACAUACUCCUCCCUGAGUCUAACACCUGCCUUGCUCGAACCCUCACGAACUACCGACGACGAGGUACCGAAUCCGUCCACGAUAUCGCGAGAAGUACGGUCAUCAACAGACCCACAGUCUCAGUCUCUGUUUCAGUCUCGGAGACGCUCUCUUUUCAACAUCUUCCGCCGUGGAGAUUCCUCCGGUGAUACCUCCCCGCCAUCACGACGUCCGGCCCAGAUUCUCGAGCCACAGCCCAGCAUCUCAAGGUCGGAGUCUAGCAGCAACGAGUCUUUCAAACCCAGGAAGGACAACCUGGCACGAGCGGCAGCGGUCAAGGCACACCGCCAGAGCAUGCCCUUGAGCCAUCAAGCACAACAACAAGCACAGUUCCAUACAUACCAGCCAAGCGUAAUGCAGAGCGGUAGCAGAAAUUACCCGCCUGCAGGAUCUUUGAGGCCUGUCUCCGGAAUCUACUCAGCGCACCCACCGCCGAAUGCGAUACCCACCCGUGAUCCCGGCUCUUACAGGAUACGGAAUGAGUCUCUCAAGUCCUCGAUCUCGGAAACGGGGACAAGAAGCGAUUCGCGAUCAGUACACAUGCCCUCAGGUGUGCCCUCGAGGGAGCUGAGCCAUCGGGACCGAUCCUACAGCCAGAAGAGCCCCCUACCAGCUGGAAAUGUGCCGGCACCACCAAGACGCAGCUCGAGGGGGAUGGGUGGAGGUCAUACCGAUGGUACCCCUAGCGCAUCGAGUUCCCCUGCGCCCAGAUACGACCUCGAGGGAAACCUGGUGCCCAGCAGCGAGGAGUGGAAGGAUAAAGGAGCAGCUGUUGGCGUAAGAGAGGAGCUCGAUGAAAGCGGGAAACUCGUUUUGAGGCAAGUCAAGAAGGGGGUCAGGGAUUUUGUGUUUGGCCGAACCCUGGGAGAAGGCUCAUACAGCACGGUCAUGUUGGCUACGGAUCGGCAAACCUUGAAGGAAUAUGCAGUCAAGAUUUUGGACAAGAAGCACAUCAUCAAGGAGAAGAAGAUCAAAUAUGUGAAUAUCGAAAAGGACACGCUUAAUCGAUUGAUAGAACAUCCAGGGAUCGUUCGGUUAUACUACACAUUCCAGGACGGCUCAUCUCUAUACUACGUUCUGGAUGUAGCGAGUGGCGGUGAGCUGCUCGGGGUUUUGAAGAAGAUUGGGUCGUUCGACGUGGAGUGCACGAGGUUCUACGGAGCUCAAAUACUGGAUGCCAUUGAGCAUAUGCACAACCGAGGGGUCAUUCAUCGGGAUCUCAAACCGGAGAACGUUCUGAUGGAUGACCAGAUGCACAUCAAAAUCACCGACUUCGGGACAGCCAAGCUGCUACCGGACCCGAGGAUACCCAAGGAUCCCACGACAUCAUACGAAACGACGGGCGAAGAAGAGGAGUCCAACCGGGCUCGAUCUUUCGUUGGGACUGCCGAGUACGUCAGCCCUGAACUCUUGACAGACAAGAAUGCAUGCAAAGCUAGUGAUCUGUGGGCGUUUGGUUGCAUCAUUUACCAGCUCCUGACAGGACGCCCCCCUUUCAAGGCUGGUAAUGAGUACCAGACCUUCCAGAAGAUUGUGGGUUUGGAGUACGAGUUUCCACCUGGCUUCCCGCCCGCUGCUAGGGACUUGGUGGAGCGUCUGUUGGUUCUCGACCCCCAACGACGAUUGUCCAUUGAACACAUCAAGAACCACGAAUUCUUUGACGGAAUGCAAUGGGGCCGCCAACUCUGGAGACAGAAAGCACCAAGGCUAAAGCCUUAUAUCCCCGCCACUCAGGAGGCCCCUCUCAUAAAGCUUGGUAGUCACUCAAACGCCCCACAGCCGAUUUCGACCUCUCGAGGCCCAGCGGGCCCCGGCUCUUCUAGUGGCAGUUCACGACCACAACCAAGAGUCAUCACCGAACUACCUCCCCCAACCCAACUUGAUAUUGAAUGGUCUCCCGUCUUGACGAGGAACAACGAGCGGAUCUUGAAGCUUGGAAACCUGUUGGUUGUGUCGACGCCUCUACCUCAUAGCCCGAGCUCUCGGAAUGGGGACCACGAUGGCCAUGAGAAGAGUAAGCUGUCGAGAUUCUUUGGUGGUAGUAAUACCAAGAAGAGGGCCAGACUCGUGAUGGUCACAUCGAGCGCACGUAUCAUCUUGGCUGCCGCCGGAGGUGAUGAGAAGAAGACCAAGUCAGAAAUCUCGCUUCUGGCUUCGGAGUGCACGUGGAGGACGCAGAUCGAUGCCAAGGGUCAAGAGGUGUGGUGUGUUGACACGCGUGGUACGCAUUACACGUUCGAGGACUCGAAAUCCUCCGUCAGCACCGGUGAUCCAUCCAAAAGUUCGGCUCAAGAAUGGAUCGAGUCCAUCGAACGGGCAAAAGACAUGGCCUUAUCCCAGAGCAUGGUCGGCUCCUACAGCAGCGAAAAUGGCUUCGACAACAUGGGUUCAUCUGUAUCGAGUCCCAGCAGCACCAUACCGGGGGGCUCCAUCUACCCCGAAGGCUUUAGCAUCUCCGACCGCGCAGCGCGGCAUCAUUUGACAAAAAGCCAAGCGAGCUUGAAUGAAGAGCCAACCUCGAAGAAGCACCACCGCUUCAGCAAACGACAGUCCAAGAAUGGCCUCUCCACACCAUUCUAG